GCGACUUUCAUCAACUACCUAAACAUCAGUGCCAACCACCUCCGACAAACAUCCUUAUCAGUUUAUUUUUCCUUCGAAGAAGAUGAGUCGACUAUUCUCAAACAACUGUUAGGGUGUCGCCAUCUUUACAAAUUGUCUAUAUUUGGAUUUAUUCCCGAGUUACCAAAGUACCAAGAUUUCUCUCGCAGCAUCAUCAACUUACAGUUGUGCUCAUGUAAACUUCAAGAAGACCCUAUGCCAACAUUGGAGAGGCUACUUUUCCUGCAAUUCCUCAAUUUAGAUUUUGAUGCCUUUGUAGGGGACAAAAUGGUUUGCUCAGCUAAUGGUUUCCCCCAACUCAAAACCCUACAACUCCAAUGUUUGAUGCACUUUAAAGAGUGGGAGGUGGAAAGAGGAGCCCUGCCCAAGCUCUCUGUUUUAGCCAUUCAUUAUUGCCAACGACUGGAAAUGGUUCCAGAGGGCCUAAGAUUCAUUGAUACCCUCCAAGAAUUUACAAUUGAAGAAAUGAGCGAAACAUUUAACAACAGGCUUCUAGUGAUCGAUGGUGAAGAAGGAGAAGAUUUUGACAAAGUGCGACAUGUGCCUUUCGUCAACAUUCGUCGAUAGGAUAUUGACCAAUGGGAAGUGGAAGAAGAAAAUACUAGAAGUUAGAGUUGGAAUUCAUGGUACUUAAUUUUAUUUUAUUAUUGGAUUUGAUUUGUAUAGGUUGUAUUUAAGCUUGAGUUGGAGUUCAUUAUAUUAUUCACAACAGUUGGCUUGUAUUAAA